AUGGUCCGACACGUUGCUGGGGACGAGUUGAAGGGCGGGCGGAUUACAUCAGAAGGGAACUCUGUGAACCGCGGGGUGGCGAUCAGCACUAUCCAGCGGAGAAUGGCGAUAUGGUUUAUCAAGGCCAAGGUGGAGCAUGCCUGGGGCUUGUACCCGGAGGGCAUCGACGUCGUCAUCAACAACGCCGGGUACAUCCUAAACGGUGCCGUCGAGGAGCUCAGCCCGAAGGAGCUGGAGGACGUGAUGAAGACCAACUUCUUCUGCCCCUUUCACAUCACCCAAGCCGUCCUCCCCAAAAUGCGCGCCAAGGGCCACAGCACCUUAUUCUACAUGAGUUCGCAAGCAGCGUGGCACGCGGACCCCGGCGCUUCGGGCUACUGCGCGUCGAAGUUCGCCCUCGAGGGCAUGGCCGAGUGCCUCGCGAAGGAGCUCGCCCUCGUGGCGCCGGGGAUCAGGGUGCUGCUCGUGGAGCCGGGCUACUUCGGGACGCACGCGUUCCGCAAGAUCAGCUUCGCGCCGCUGCGCAACGCCGCCGACUACGGGGCCUUUCAGGCCAGCAGCCGAGCCUACGCGGCCGGCGUCAUCGGCCACGAGCCCGGCGACGCCGACAAGGCGGUCGACCGCAUGAUCGACCUCGUCAAGGGGACGGGCGCAGCGGCGGGCCGGGAGGUGCCGCUGCGCGUCCCGCUCGGCACCGACGGGUGGCUGCGCAUCAAGGCCAAGUGCGAGGACACGCUGAAGAUCUGCGAGGCGUGGGAGGACGUGGCUAGGAGCACCGAUAAGACCCCGCCGGCUUAG